AUGGUGUAUAAAGAUGAGGAUGGCACGCUCAUGAAGGAGAUAUCGUGUAAGGUGGAGCUGCGGGAGGUGACUGAGGAGCAGCUGAUCAGUGAUUGGAGUUGGGAGCGGCUGUAUGAGGCGGCUGUACACCACAAGGAGCGUGGUGUGGAGCUGUUCAAGCAAGGGAGGGCUGUGGAUGCAUUCCGCAGGUUUAACAAGGCCCUGAAGAUGCUGAUUGCCACUGAGCCACUAGACCCAGCAGUGGUUAGCGAGGAAGUGGUCAAAGAUAUGGUCAAUCUGAAGGUCAAAUUGUACAACAACUUAGCACACUGCCAGCUACAGUUCAAUGAGUAUGAUGCUACCUUGAAGCUGUGCAACAAAGCCCUCAAGUUUGACCCCGAGAAUGCUAAGGCACUCUACAGGAGGUCAGCCGCACACUCCGGUUUGAAGAUGUAUGAAGAAGCUUGGACUGACAUCCAGAAUGCUCUACGUUUAGACCCAACAGACAAAGCAUCACAACGAAAGGCAAGCUCACUCAAACCAAGAAUUGAAAAGAUCAACAAAGAUUACACCAGCGUCAUCAAGAAAAUGUUUAGUUAA